AUGGCAACAGGAUUCCCAUUUGAACGGGUGGGCAUCGACGUGAUCGGACCCCUGCCCAUCACCCUGACUGGCAACCGCUAUAUAUUAGUGAUGGUUGACUACUUCACUAAGUGGGCAGGGGCAGUCGCCCUCCCACGACAGGACGCAGCAUCGGUCACUACCGCCCUUCUCACCACGUGGAUUUGCCGCUUCGGAGCCCCCAUCUCCUUACAUUCCGAUUGCGGGGCGAACUUCGAGAGCCGCCUAGUGCGCGACGUCUGUGACCUACUUCAAAUCCAUAAAACGCACACCACACCGGCUCACCCCGAAGGGAACGGCCAAGUGGAACGAACGAACCGGACCAUCAUUAACUUGUUAAAAGCCUUCGCGGAAGACCACAACCCCCACAACUGGGACGUUCGGCUGCCAUACGCCAUGAUGGCAUAUAGAUGCGCGGUCCAUACCUCGACUGGCUACGCCCCCUUCUUCAUGCUAACCGGACGCCAUUUCCGCUUACCCUCUGACUCUCAACUCCCGCUCCCAAUCUGCGACGACUAUCAGCCAGAUGCUUAUGUCCUAGAGUUGCAGGAAACCUUGAGGACCACGCACAAUCUAGCGCGAACUCACCUAGAGUCAGCCUAUACACGACAGAAAGCCUAUUUCGACCAACAAGUCAGCGGCGCACCUUACGGUCCAGGCGACCUGGUACUGCGCUACCGUCCGACUCCACCGGUGGGGACUUCGGCAAAGUUCUUCCAUCCGUGGGAGGGUCCCUUCGUCAUCCUUGACUUCUUUCCCCCUUCGACUUAUACCAUACGUGACGCGCAUUCGGCCGGAGGCCCCGUCCUUACCGUCCACUACGAUAAGCUGAAACCUUAUAGAGGCCGACUACCCAACGCGACCGCCGACACCCUUCCGAUCCUUCCCCUUCACCUGGUCCCUCAACCCUCCGAAGAGGUGGAAGUCACCAGCAGCCCCUCAAGGCAGCGCCUCUGA